UAUUUAAAAUCACGGUCCACGUGAGAGUAGUGUGCUUAUCGAUUGCGCUUCUGUGUUGACAAACGAAGCUCUUGCGCUUUGCAGUCCUAGUCCACCGGAGCCGGGAUGCGUAGAGAUGCUUCUUUAAUUUAACGUCAGAUCAAGUUUGAUCAAUAUCCCCCUGCUGGCCCAAUUGGAGCAGCCGUAUUCUCAAUCAGAUCUGCUGCUCUCUCUACCACCAUCUUUGGGACAAAUCCUUGCUUUUUCCAGCAGCAGAAAAUUUGCUCUGCAGCCCGACUCGCACCUCAAUGAACCUAAUUGGUGCGCUGUGAGAGACCAUAAAUCUGGAGGAUUUUCUUAGCGUCCACGGCUGUGUUCAUGGUUUCACCUUAUCAGUUUCGUUUUAGGAGUUGAAUUUAAAGGUUGGAGAAAAUGGCACAAACCGUGGUGUUUUUCUUAUUGUGGCUUUUUGGUAAAACCCUCGCAGGCUUCCCUAACCAGAUCAACAUAGGGGGACUCUUCAUGCGAUCUACGGUGCAGGAACACAGCGCCUUCAGAUUCGCUGUUCAGCUGUACAACACCAAUCAAAAUGUGACCGAGAAACCUUUUCAUCUGAAUUAUAAUGUAGAUAACCUCGAAUCGUCCAACAGCUUCUCUGUCACCCAUGCGUUCUGCUCCCAGUUCUCCAGGGGCGUGUACGCCAUCUUCGGAUUCUAUGACAAGAACUCCAUGAACACCCUGACCUCCUUCUGCGGAGCGCUACACACCUCCUUCGUCACUCCCAGCUACCCCACCGACGCAGAUGUGCAGUUUGUUAUCCAGAUGCGGCCCGCGCUGCGGGGCGCCGUCCUCAGCCUCCUGUCCCACUACAAGUGGGAGAAAUUCGUCUACCUCUACGACACAGACAGGGGGUUCUCGAUCCUUCAAGCCAUCAUGGAGGCAGCAGUAGCCAACAACUGGCAAGUGACGGCGCGGUCGGUCGGCAGUGUGACAGAUCCCCAGGAGUACCGACGCAUCAUCGAGGAGAUGGACAGAAGACAGGAGAAGCGCUACCUAAUAGACUGUGAAGUGGAUAGGAUAAACACCAUCCUGGAACAGGUCGUGGCCCUUGGAAAGAACAGCCGUGGCUACCACUACAUCCUGGCCAAUCUGGGUUUCACAAACGUGAGUCUAGACAAGGUCUUCCUGGGAGGAGCAAACAUAACUGGGUUUCAGAUAAUCAACCCUGAUAACCCCAUCGUACAGCAGUUUCUCCAACGCUGGGACCGACUGGAUGAGAGGGAAUUUCCUGAAGCCAGGAACACACCACUGAAGUACACGUCAGCGCUGACCCAUGACGCCAUCCUGGUGAUCGCGGAGGCCUUCCGGUACCUGCGGAGGCAGAGGGUGGACGUGUCGCGCAGGGGUAGUGCUGGGGACUGCCUGGCGAACCCCGCAGUGCCCUGGAGCCAAGGCAUUGACAUUGAAAGAGCGUUGAAAAUGGUCCAAGUACAAGGUAUGACAGGGAAUAUCCAGUUUGACAGCUUUGGUCGAAGAUCAAACUACACUGUUGACGUGUACGAGAUGAAAGCGGGUGGGCCACGAAAGAUCGGGUACUGGAACGAAUUUGAAAGAUUCGUAUAUAUUAUGGAUCAGCAGGUCUCCAACGAUUCCUCAUCAGUGGAAAACCGAACAAUUGUGGUCACUACUAUUAUGGAAGCCCCGUAUGUGAUGUACAAGAAAAACCACAUGCAUCUGGAGGGGAAUGACAAGUAUGAAGGCUACUGUGUCGAUUUAGCUUCUGAGAUUGCAAAACACGUGGGGAUUAAAUACAAACUGUCCAUUGUCAUGGACGGAAAGUAUGGUGCCAGGGACCCGGAGACCAAGACAUGGAACGGGAUGGUGGGUGAACUGGUAUACGGGAGGGCAGAUAUAGCGGUUGCACCGCUAACGAUAACACUUGUCCGAGAGGAAGUGAUCGACUUUUCUAAGCCAUUCAUGAGCUUGGGGAUUUCCAUCAUGAUCAAGAAGCCACAGAAGUCAAAGCCAGGAGUGUUUUCCUUCCUAGACCCACUGGCCUAUGAGAUCUGGAUGUGCAUUGUGUUCGCCUACAUUGGGGUCAGCGUGGUCCUCUUCCUGGUUAGCCGCUUCAGCCCCUACGAGUGGCACCUGGAUGACACUGAUGAAGCCAAAGACCCACAGACCCCCCCAGACCCACCCAAUGACUUUGGGAUCUUUAAUAGCCUCUGGUUCUCCCUGGGGGCCUUUAUGCAACAAGGAUGCGAUAUUUCACCAAGGUCCCUGUCAGGGAGAAUUGUGGGAGGCGUCUGGUGGUUCUUCACCCUGAUCAUCAUCUCAUCUUAUACAGCCAACCUGGCUGCCUUCCUUACUGUGGAGAGGAUGGUCUCACCCAUCGAGAGCGCAGAGGAUCUCGCCAAACAAACAGAGAUUGCCUAUGGAACCUUGGACUCAGGCUCAACCAAAGAGUUCUUUAGACGGUCAAAAAUAGCCGUGUAUGAAAAAAUGUGGUCAUACAUGAAAUCUGCAGAACCCUCUGUGUUUGCCAAGACAACACCUGAUGGGGUUGCCCGGGUACGAAAGUCGAAGGGCAAGUUCGCCUUCCUACUCGAAUCCACCAUGAACGAGUACAUUGAGCAGCGGAAGCCGUGCGAUACCAUGAAAGUGGGCGGAAAUCUCGACUCAAAGGGCUAUGGUGUGGCCACCCCCAAGGGCUCAGCAUUAAGAAAUGCUGUUAACCUGGCAGUUUUAAAACUGAAUGAGCAAGGCCUCUUGGACAAAUUGAAAAACAAAUGGUGGUACGACAAGGGAGAGUGCGGCAGCGGGGGAGGUGACUCCAAGGACAAGACAAGUGCUCUGAGCCUUAGCAAUGUGGCAGGAGUCUUCUACAUUCUGGUUGGUGGUCUGGGGCUGGCCAUGAUGGUCGCUUUGAUAGAAUUCUGUUACAAGUCACGGGCAGAGUCCAAAAGACUGAAACUUGCAAAGAACGCCCAAAACUUUAAGCCAGCUCCCCCAGCAAACACCCAGAAUUUUGCCACAUACCGAGAAGGCUACAAUGUGUACGGAACAGAGAGUGUUAAAAUCUAGGGUUGGAAGGGACCACAGCCGCUCGCAGUAAAACCCUGGCACCUAUGAACGGAAACCUUGACAUGAGAGGAGAUGGAUCACAGGCCUGGAUCUUACCCUGGGCCUAUGAGCACUAGCCUCGCGGUGCUGGGCACGGCAUGAUAAUCUAUGAUGAUGACACAGAAAGGACUUGUCACUGAAAGAACUGAAUUUGUCUCCUACAGUGCCUUACCGAACAUUCAGAGAGUCACAACAAUGCAACUCAUCCUAGUAAUAUUGCUUCACUUGAAAUAUGAAAAAAAAGAAAAAAGAGGAAUGAUUUCACAACCUCUGAACAUUGCGGUAGAUAUUUUAAAAGAAAAAAAAGAAAGAUAAUGUCAUCAUUUGCAAACCUAGCACAUUUGGGAGACGGAGUAAGAAGGAAAUCUGUUUGAGAGUAUGGUGGUAGAUCGGUAUUCUAUAAAGAAAUUUACUUUAAAUGACUUAAAUAUCCCAGUUCUUUUACAGUGAAACUUUACAGGUCAGAC